AUGACCAUCCUUGAUGAACUCGACGCUUGGGAUAGUAGUCCGCCUGGAUCGACCUCGCCGAAGACGGCCCAGUCUGGCACACUCGCAACGUUGAACGGUACCACAACCAAGAGGGGAAAGGCCAGAGAGACAGUCCAAUCAAUUGGAAGGCCUGGUGCUCCAUCUUCCAGCUCAACCCAGAAGGCAGCAGCUAGGUCCCGCAUUCCCGCAUCGCUUCUAGCAUCCUACAUCGACGCGCUUCCUCCUACUGCUACUGGAAGCUCCUCUGCGCCGCUCCCAUCCCUAUCCGCUUAUCCCAAGGAGGAGCUGCAGGAAGAGGUUCGCGUUUGGGGAUUCCGCUCUUCGAAUGAUCGGACCGCACUGAUGGCUACCUUGAGAAGAGUGUGGGAUGCCCUGCUCGAGCGCAGAAGCAGCGCGGUUCUUGAGUCGACGAGUGACGCUUCAGAGGAGGAGGAUCUGAUCAUUUCACUCGCUCAGCAGCAAGAAGCAGCAGAGGACGGCAUGCACAUCCUCCUCUCCCCUUCCUCCUCCGUCACAUCAGACCCCUCACAAGACGAAGAGCUCGGCUCGCUACCAUUACCCGGACAGCCCGUCCUUCUCACUCCGCAUCACUCCGCCAUUCUCCGUCGCUCCAUCACCCAAGACGAACAGCUCUACCAGCGCAUCCUCCUUAUGGAGCCUAUACCCUUUGAGGAAAUCUGGUCGCUCGUGCAGAGAGAUCUGGCUGCUUUCCUAGGUGCCGGGGCAGGGAGGACCCCUCUGGACUUUGUCCUUGCCGAGGCAGAGGCAGAGGAAGAGACGGUGGAGGAGAUGAGUGGUUCUGCGUCGGACGAUUCGGAUGUGCCUCUGGCCCUCGGUGCUGCUAAGCGCAAAUCUGCUGCUUCCAGGUCGCCUACGAAGAAGCAGAAGAAGGCGAGGCGGAAAGAUUCGAGGAAGAGGAAGCCGCUGGUGAGCCGGGAUAGCAGUAUGCAGGGGAUCAAGGGACGAUUGACGGAGGAGGUCAAGGCUUGGCUAGACCUGAGAGGCAUUACGUGGUAUGAGGGAGACUUGGUGGGACCCAGGACAAGGCACGCUUGA